UUCCCUACAUCAUCUCGCGCUCACAUUUUUUCAGUUAUUCUUCGAACAGAUAACUGGUCAUCUGACUCCGGCACAGAUGACUUUAUUGAUGUGCCAUCUACAGACUCGUUGUUAGAGCAACACAUUUUUGAUGAAAAGCCGAAUAUAGCACCAAUUGAGCCGGAAUCUGCACCUUUAAUUUCGGAAUCUGCUAAUGCGACUGCGGAAGAGAGUGAAAAGAUUGCAGAUGCAGUGUCUUCUAAUUCUGCUAAUGCUGAAGAGAAUUGGGAGCCAGCAGUGGACGACGAAGUAGAUUGGUUUGAACGUAAAGGCGAUGGCAAAAAUGAGGCCGUAAAGCAUAGCCGCGAUACAGAGUGUUAUAAAGAUUUGCAGGAUUUUCUGACUGCUUGCGGUUUUCCAUGGAUUGAAGCUCCUGGUGAAGCAGAAGCUCAAUGUGUUGAAUUGGAGCGAUUGGGUUUGGGAGUGAUAUCAGAUGAUAGCGACGUUUGGGCUUUCGGUGUGAAGACUGUAUAUAGACAUCUUUUUUCUAAAAAUAAGAACGUACAGAAGUAUGAGUCUCGGACGGUUCGACAGGCCCUAGGACUCUGCCAGUCAGAAAUCGUCGGAUUGGCGCUUAUUUCUGGCGGUGAUUACUCACCGGGUUUAGCAGGAGUUGGAGUGGUUAACGCCCUAGAGUUGCUAUCCGAAUUUGCUGUAGCAAGA